AUGGCGCGUAUCUUACCUUGGAAUGCUGGCGCUGACGAGGGCCAUCCAGCGAAGAGACAACGGGUGACUCAGACUCUGCGACCAAAAGCGGAGCGGGCGUCAUCUCCAGACACGGAGUCGCGAGCAACCGAGCAAGAAACCCCGGAUGUGCACAAAGCUCAGGCACCAGAAACUCCUGAGAGGGCAAACCCAACAGCGAAAAGGCUGGACCCAGUCUCAAGAAGAAGAUCGCCGUCAUCUUCUCCUGUGCGGGCGCCGUCAGUUUCUUUCGAACCUAUGCGUGAAGGUUACGAUGCCGACGAUAUCUAUAUUAUGGUGGAAGACGAGUUUCAAACAAUCGCGCAGUCGUAUACUGCACACCUACACCGGGCCGAGUAUAAGAGGUUGGUUAGACAAGCACGCGAAGCGGCGCCCAAGGCCCUGCCUGAACCCACAUCACCCAUGUCGAAGGAGGCAAGACACCGAAUCAAAAGACUGGCAUUGGAGAGCAAGCAGAAAGAAACACUACAGAACGUUUUUGGGACAUCCUCUAAAAGCGCAAAUGCGGAGGAGGAGGAAGAGGAAGAGGUGGUCGACUUGUGGUCUGGAACCAGUCUGGCACCGCUGAUGGCAAGUGGUGGCCAACAGAAGAGGUCCUUGAUCGGGCUUGAAAAGAUCACGAGCAAGACGAAGGCGAGCAUGGGCUUUGCAAGAAAACAACCGGCCGAUAACGCUGCCAGGGAUGAGGUCGCCGGACAAGGAGAGGAGCACCGAGACGACUUAGCGAAGGGUUUUCGACAGAAUCUACCACGAGGUCGCGAGAACCAUGUUGCCGCUGGACCCUCCUCUUCCCGGCUCCUGAACAGCGAGGCUUCGAGGCGAAGACACAGUCCCGCCGAACCGCGAACCGACGAUAUGCGUUCGAAAGGGAAUACUCCGUCGCCUUCAUCUGGACUCGACCACGGGUCUGUUGUUUCUCAAGAUCGAAAAUAUGACUCGGCGUCACGCAGGCCGCGGUCGGCAGCCCGAGUCAACCGCAAUGGUCUUGUGAAACGGGACUCGGAGGACAAAGAGAAGAAGUCGCGCUUGGAAGAAGUGCCAAUGUUCAUAAUAUGA